AUGGCAUUCCAGGAUAAGAAACAAUCCCGAAGACAGUUUGUCGACUUGGAACUGCCUGAUCACAACAACGACUUCACUUCUCCUACUGCUCCAUACUCUCCCUUUGUAUCUCCUCACGAUCAUCAAAAUGUCCUCGGUUCUAGUAAACGCGAUCUCUGGGCGUAUGAGGAAAACUCGCUGUUUUCGACAUGGAACAAGGACAACGACAAAAAGGAUCCUGGAGUGGAUGCACCACCAAAAGCUUCUAAAAACAGUAUAUUCGACACACCGCAGACUAUCAUGAAGCCUGCUUUGAAAAUGACGGAGCAGGAAUUAGCAGAGUUGAGGUCCGGUCAAGUACCCUCAACACAAUCGCAAUCUUCAGAACCAUACUCGUACGAGCCAUCUCGCACUUCUAUAACAGUACCUGUAACACGGCAGGUCCAUGUAGACGACAGCCACGGCGACUUGAAGAGUCUGCAUACCAACAAUACCACAGCAGCAUCAUCAAUACAGCCCAAGCCACUAUCCGUACUACUCCCUUCUACGACUGGACUACAAAAAGCAACACACUUGCCCCCGACUGAACAGCAACCGCAACAAUCAUCAUAUUCUUCUGCCACAUCUGUAACAAACCCAGCGCUGUCGGAUGAUUUACAACUCAUGUUCUUUCCUAUACGCAAGAAUUUCUUGGGAGAGGGCCGUUACGCUCAGGUAUUCUUGGGCUCAUAUAAUAUAAUAGAUCGUCAAAAGUCAAUGCUUGCCAGCUCUUGGGAAGAGAAUGAUCCAUUACCGUGUGCCGUCAAACGAUAUCAUGCUACUAGUGAAUCACAGGCUGUCGGAUUAGCAGAGUUGUUUAUACUAAGACGAUUGCAGGAAGCGAAUCAUCCAAAUCUGAUUGGUUUAAUAGGAGCCAAGGACGAGGGCACGGAAUUGGAAACUCCUGGAACUGUUACAAAGCCGAGACAACGUACCAGCUUCUCGAAUAUUCAAAGACCACCAGAGGGCACUAUAGGGGAUCCUUCGCCGCGUUUGCUUCUUGUAUUGGAACUAUGCAGCGGAGGUACUCUAUAUGGAUUCAUCAGGAAGAAUCCUACCAAAAUUGGUAGGCGAGUUUGGAUGAAGUUUGCUCGACAACUGGCCAGUGCUUUAGCUUGUAUACAUGGCCAGGGGCUUAUUCAUCAUGAUAUCAAGCCACAUAAUUGCUUGCUGACUGAUGUGUUAGACUUGAAACUCGCCGAUUUUGGUAAUGCUGCCUUUGUCGAUGAUGGAAAUAUGCCAACACUGACAAUAGAGAGAGGACGACAACUUGACUCACCAUCACGAGAGCAUCUAACUCCAUCACCUAUUGGAUCGUCUCCGACACGAUCUUCGGCGGGAUUUUCGUCUACGAUUGAUGGCGUGCUUAGAGGUACUCAGCCGUAUUCAGCACCAGAACUGUUUUCUCAAGGAGAAUAUAGCUUUCCGAUCGACGUGUACAGUGUUGGUGUCACCUUAUUCUUUUGUAUCAAUGGAGUAGAUCCUUUCUCGACAGCUAGAACGUCAAUGUCGCUAAUCAUGUCGAUCAAAAAGGGAUUCUUCGAGUCAGGAUUGCAACGCGAUGUAGGUCCUGAAGGUCCUUUGAUCGGAGGGUCACAGGGUCUGAGAUUCUCGAACGGGGAGCUCGUAUCUCAAGAUAUAGCAAAUGUCAUUAUCAGCUGUGUUAGCCGAGACCCUGCUAGUCGACCAACAGCAGUUGAACUGAUCCGCAGAUUGGAGACCAUUGAUAAUUACACCCCAGUGGUCUGA